CUCUUCCUCUCCUUUUCAGGACCAAAACAACUACACAUGUAUUAAGCUAGCUAAAGUUUUCAACAACCUGGAAUUAUUUAGUUAUAUUACUGUAUUGAUAAACACAUAUCGAUUUCUGGAACAACUCAUCCAGUCAAGAGGAUGUUAAGAUUUGGUCUUAUGUAUUUUAUCUAAACGCUGAUGAGAGGAAACAGCGAACCAAAAUUAAUCGUGCUAACUAGCUAGCUGCCGUUAGCAGUGAUGGCAGCGUCCAUCCCUCCACCGAUCUCUGCUCCCGUGUUAAGUCAAAAGCAACGCAGAGCUGCUCAGAGGAAAGACAGAAGAAAACGGAAACGCCAAGCUCUCGCCCAAGCCAGGGAAUGUGAGCUAAAAAAUGGAGCAGUCUGUGCACCUGAAGAUGAAGAAGAAGUGAAUGAUGAAGAUGAUGAGGGCAACGAUGUUGCUGAAGCAGAAAGACUGCGGUUACAUGAAGAGUGGUUGGAAAGAGAGAGGCUCGCUCAGGAUGAAUUCAGGCUGAGGUCUGAGAGGGAGGAAGCUGCAAGGAAAAGAAAAGAGGAGGAGGAGCGGAUGAUAAAGGAGGAAUGGGAGGCACAGCAGAGGAAAGAACGAGAAGAAAAAGAGCAGAAGCAGCAGGAGAAACGAGACAGAGAGGAGGCUGUUCAGAAAAUGUUGGAUGAAGCUGAAAAUCAGCUAGAUAAUAGAGGACCGUGGAUGAACCCUGAAGCUCCUGUGACAGAAAACUCUGAGAACUUUGGGACAGAGCGCGACGUAGCCAACUGUCCUUUCUUCCUAAAGACUGGAGCAUGUCGAUUUGGAGACAGAUGUUCUCGGAAGCACGUUUAUCCCACAGCCAGUCCGACUCUGAUGAUCCGCGGUAUGUUUAGAACAUUUGGCAUGGAGGAGUCACGCCGCGAUGAUUACGACAUAGAUGCCUGUUUGGAGCACAGCGAGGAGGAGCUACAGGAGUCUUUCCUGGAGUUCUACCAUGAUGUACUGCCAGAGUUCAAGAGUGUCGGCAAGGUGCUUCAAUUCAAGGUCAGCUGCAAUUACGAAACACACCUGAGGGGAAAUGUUUAUAUUCAGUUUGACACAGAGGAGCAGUGUAAAGAAGCCUUCAUCAAGUUCAAUGGGAGGUGGUAUGCAGGCCGGCAGCUUCAUUGUGAGAUAUGUCCUGUGACACGAUGGAAGAAUGCUAUAUGUGGAUUGUUUGACAGGCAGAAGUGCCCCAAAGGGAAGCACUGCAACUUCCUGCAUGUAUUUCGAAACCCAGGCAAUGAAUUCUGGGAGGCCGACAGGGACCUGCACAUGUCACCAGACCGCAGCGUCAGGGGGAGUCGCAGAGACAGUUGGCAUUCAGAGCGAUAUGGAGACCGUUCGUGGAGGCAGCGUCACUGCAGCAGAAGCCCACCGAGAUCGGAGAGAUCCCACAGCAGACGGGAGGACAGCAGGCGGAGGAGCAGGAGUCGGGAGAGGAGGUCCUCCCACCAGGAUAGAGAGGACAAGUGGUCAUCCAGAUCCAGACACAGGGAUAGGAGUAAAGAUAGGUAUCGGAGCAGAAGUAGAGACAGAUCGAGGAGUAGAAGUAGAGACAGAGAGCAAGACAGGCUGAGAAACAGGAACAGAGAUAAAGGCAGGGAGCACAAGUAUAGGAAUAGAAGUGAAGAGAGAGACAGCAGAGACAAAGAUGAAGACACCCACAGAGGAGUGAGAGAGAGGUCGAGAAGCACAAGCAGAGAGAGGAAAAGAAACAAGGAAGGUAGAGACAGGAGCCCCAAGAACAAAAGUCUGAAAACUGACGAUGACGAUGAUAUGAACACACACCGCCGCCACAAACACUCUAAAAAGAGCAAGAAAAAAAGCAAGAAGAAGCAUAAGAAGAAAAGCCAUUUGCCUGAAGGGAAAACUUCAUCAGGAGAGUCAGAAAGGGAGAAAGAGUCAGAGGAAGAGGUGGAGAACAAUUCUGCAGUGAGUCCCAGUGGAGAGAUGAAUGAAACAGAGCUAAUUCUGAAAAACAGCAAUGGAGAAGAGAGUGUUGACACUGAGAAGAAAUUAAGUUCUGAGGUGAAAAGUGAGCAGUCCAACACAGAAAUACCAAUGAGCGUGGAAACAGUGAACUCUGUGAAUGUGUAAGGGGGUGGGUAAUAAUUCUUUUGGAGUAAGUUAGCAACCAUCACCAGUAUGUGCAUAUGUGAAUAUUUUGGAUCUACAUGGUUUUUGUCCCAUGUAAAUAAAAUAUAAAACAAAAGAUCAA